AUGCGGCGCUGUCGCACAACGCAGCUUGCCCUUCCCCAUGAGUUACACAUCACUCCCCCCGCAACCUUUCUGAAGUCUCAGAUCCAUCGAGCAGGCGCGAGUCCGUAUUGCUGGGGAAGCCGCUGGGGAAAAGGCCCGCCGCAGGGACUGACCGGCGAGGUGGCCCUUUGGGCGGAGCGCGUCACAGUGUUUCCGUGUCGUAAUGGAUGGAAAGCUUCUAGAAAAGCUUGA